CCCUCCCUCUCCCCUCCUCUCUCUCUCUCUCUCUCUCUCUCUCGGUAUAGAAGAGCAGUCUGCGAGCGCGGGGGGUAGUAGCUGUUUGUACCCGUACAGGAAGUGGGUGACGCCUUUUCUUUUCCUUCUCCUUCUGCAGGGUUUCUUCCCGUCUGCAUCGGCCCUGAGUGCAAUUAUCUGUAUAUUUUUCACCUUGAAGAGCGGCAAGGAAUUGAAUUGUACGACUCUGCCAUGGAAUCGUCCAACGGGAACGGUGAGCAUACUGAUCUGCCACCUCCUCCACCUUUUAUCCCACCUGAUGUUGAGCCAGUCAAAGUGGAGCAUCUCCCUGAGCCGGUUAAGAAAAAGGUCGACCGGGUGCCUAUAGCCAGGCGGGGCCUUGGCACCAAGGGGCAAAAGAUUAAUUUGUACACCAAUCAUUUCAAAGUUGAUAUCAACAAAAAUGAUGGUCACUUCUAUCAUUACUGCGUAUCUGUCUUUUAUGAAGAUGGCCGACCCGUCGAUGGAAAAGGUAUAGGAAGGAAGGUAAUUGAUAGGGUACAGGAGACAUACAGUACCGAAUUAGCUGGAAAGGACUUUGCUUAUGAUGGGGAGAAAAGCUUGUUUACCAUCGGUGCCCUUCCGCAGAACAAACUUGAGUUCACUGUGGUGCUUGAAGAUGUAACUUCUAACAGGAACAAUGGAAAUGCUAGUCCUGAUGGCCAUGAUAGCCCAAAUAAUGGUGAUCGAAAGAGAUUUCGGCGUCCUUAUAGGGCAAAAACCCUUAAGGUGGAACUAAGCUAUGCUGCUAAGAUCCCAAUGCAAGCCAUCGCGAAUGCAUUGCGAGGUCAGGAAUCAGAGCACUUCCAGGAAGCCGUCAGAGUGCUGGACAUUAUAUUAAGGCAGCAUGCAUCUAAGCAGGGAUGCCUUCUGGUUCGUCAAUCCUUUUUUCAGAAUGAUCCGAGAAAUUUCACUGAUGUAGGAGGUGGUGUUCUUGGAUGUCGGGGAUUCCAUUCGAGCUUCAGAACUUCCCAGGGAGGCUUGUCUCUUAAUAUAGAUGUAUCAACUACCAUGAUAGUUCAGCCUGGGCCUGUGGUGGAUUUCUUGAUCAGCAACCAAAAUGUGAAGGAUCCGUAUGCACUUGACUGGGCAAAGGUGAAACGCACCCUAAAAAAUCUGAGGAUCAAGGCCAGCCCCUCCAAUACAGAGUAUAAGAUAACCGGACUGAGUGAAAAGAUAUGCAAAGAACAGCUAUUCCCGCUGAAGCAGAGAAAUGGGGAUGGUGAAGUUGACACUAUCGAAGUGACUGUCUAUGAUUAUUUUGUAAAUCAUCGCAAUAUAAAUCUGAGUUACUCUGGAGAUUUUCCGUGCAUUAAUGUUGGGAAGCCCAAGCGUCCUACUUAUAUUCCUCUUGAGCUCUGCUCAUUGGUAUCCUUGCAACGCUACACCAAAUCUUUGACCAAUUUUCAAAGAGCUUCAUUGGUCGAGAAAUCAAGGCAGAAGCCUCAAGAGAGAAUGCGGGUCUUAUCUGAUGCUUUGAGAUCCAGCCAUUAUGACAGCGAACCUAUGUUACAGUCAUGUGGCAUCAGAAUCGCUAGCAAGUUUACUGAAGUUGAAGGCCGUAUAUUGCCUGCUCCUAAGUUAAAAGUGGGUAAUGGGGAAGAUUUCUUCCCUCGCAACGGGCGGUGGAGCUUCCAGAACAAGAAAUUUGCUGAGCCAGCUAAAAUACAGAGAUGGGCAGUUGUGAACUUCUCAGCUCGGUGUGAUGUUCGUGGCCUUGUUAGAGACCUAACUAGGUUAGCAGAGAUGAAAGGACUUCUUGUUGAGCAACCAUUUGACAUAUUUGAAGAGAACCCACAAUACAGACGAGCCCCACCUGCUGUUAGGGUAGAUAAGAUGUUUGAGGAGAUACAAUCUAAGCUCCCAGGCGCACCCAAAUUCCUUCUUUGCUUAUUUCCAGACAGGAAGAACUGCGAACUCUACGGUCCAUGGAAGAAAAAAAAUCUAUCUGACUUUGGAAUUGUUACCCAGUGCCUUUGCCCUAUGAGAGUCAAUGAUAUGUAUCUUACAAACGUCCUUUUGAAAAUCAAUGCCAAGCUUGGUGGCUUGAAUUCUUUCCUAACAAUGGAGCAGUCUCCUUCUAUCCCUAUCGUCUCUAAGGUUCCAACUCUCAUCCUUGGGAUGGAUGUCUCUCAUGGCUCUCCCGGGCAAUCUGAUAUCCCGUCUAUUGCUGCGGUGGUCAGCUCCCGCCAGUGGCCAUUAAUUUCUCGCUACAGAGCAACUGUGCGGACUCAGUCACCUAAGGUGGAAAUGAUAGAUUCUCUCUUCAAGAAAGCGUCUGACACAGAGGAUGAAGGCAUAAUCAGGGAACUUCUACUAGACUUCUAUACUACUUCCGGGAAAAGGAAGCCAGAUCAGAUAAUUAUUUUUAGGGACGGGGUCAGUGAGUCCCAGUUCAACCAAGUCCUGAACAAAGAACUCGACCAGAUUAUUGAGGCUUGCAAAUUUCUUGAUGAGAAAUGGUCGCCGAAGUUUGUUGUGAUUGUAGCGCAGAAGAAUCACCACACAAGGUUCUUCCAGCCCGGAUCAGACAACAAUGUCCCCCCUGGAACCAUCAUCGACAACAAGAUAUGUCAUCCUCGCAACAAUGACUUCUACCUGUGUGCCCAUGCUGGAAUGAUUGGGACCAGUAGACCGACACACUAUCAUGUCCUCCUGGACGAUGUGGGCUACUCCCCAGAUGACUUGCAAGAACUGGUGCACUCUCUAUCGUAUGUGUACCAGAGAAGUUCAAGUGCAAUUUCAGUUGUUGCUCCAAUUUCUUACGCUCACCUGGCGGCGACCCAGCUGGGGACAUUCAUGAAGUUCGAGGACGUAUCAGAAACAUCUUCAAGCCACGGGGGGCUGACAUCCUCGGGCGGGCCGCCCGUGCCUCAGCUGCCAAAGCUGCAGGACAGCGUGGCCGCCUCCAUGUUCUUUGUCUGAAGCUUCCCUCCUAACCAAUCUUCCUCCCACACAGAAAGAACUGUCCCGUUAGAAUGUAGUCUAUGUUUAAACUUCCUAGUGUGCUUGUCUUUUAUCUUUAUCCGGUUUCUCAUGCGAUCCUAAGCGGUCCUGUUGUUUGUUUCAAGUUAAAAAUCGCAGAUACCCGAGAGUACUCCUCAGGGACAUGCUUUUGAAACUCUUCUGAACAGUCCGUGUCUUGUAAAUAGUUCCUGAAGUCCCUAUUACCCUAGUGAAGUGAAGUGGAACCUUUGUGUUUUAUGUGCAA